GUCCAGACGCAAGAGCUCACGGCGUCUCGGGAAGCCGCCGCCGAUCUCUGUGGUACAUGAGCACGUGAGUACGUGACGGGGCAUGGGGAACUGCCAGGCGGCGGACGCGGCGGCGGUGGUGAUCCAGCACCCGGGCGACGGCAAGGUCGAGCGCCUCCACUGGCCGGCCACCGCGGCGGACGUCAUGCGCAGGAACCCCGGCCACUACGUCGCCCUCGUCGUCCUACAUCACGACUCUGGCGGAGUUGACCCCGCCGUCGCCGAAGAAGGUGCCAGAAUAACCAAGGUGAAGCUGCUCAAGCCCAGGGACACGCUCCUCCUCGGCCAGGUCUACCGCCUCAUCACGUCCCAAGAGGUGAGCAAGGCCGUGCAGACGAGGAGGCAGGAGAGGAUGCGCGGCUGCGACGAGGCGAUCGAGCAGGAGAGGCCGCGGCUGCACCGGCGGCGGCAACCGCCGAGGCCGAGGGGCGACGACCCAGCGACGGCCGCCAGAGGCGAACAGAGGCAACCCGCCGAUCAUCAGGAACGGAAGCGGCUGGAGACGGACCGGCAACAGCGGAGCAUCGCCCCCGCCCGCGGCAGAGGCCGGCACUGGCGGCCGGCGUUGCAGAGCAUUACAGAGGCGUCGUCGAGCGGACACGUCUCUGUUAACGAACUAGUAGAAAACUAGAAGAAGGUUAGGGGGAGCUAGCGAGAAAUGUCGUACAUGUACAUUAGGCGAUCUGAAUGUAUCCAUCGGCUUCUGUCCUGUUUGAAUCCGUUUUGGUGAUACAGUAGCACGCAUUACCUCCUUUUUUUUGGGUGAAAAUUACCCGUUCCUCCUUCGAGGAUCUAGCGGUUUAUCCAAGCCACACGUGUAAUUUCCAGUAGUGCAAACGAUUGGUGUGCACUCCUUGUAUACUUGUAUCGAUGACUACAUUUUAUGAGUCAAUAGAAAAGGCAUUUAAUGAGAAAA